AUGGUUGACGAUGCUCAUCGCAAUGACAUGGUUGGUGAUGUUGAACGUGCUAUUCUGGAACAGAAAUUUGAUUUGGUCGAAGAUGGAGAAGCUUUCUACAAUGCGUAUGCUAAAGCCAAGGGAUUUAGUAUACGAAAAUCCAGAUUUAACACAAAUAAAGAGGGAAAGGUCGUUACUAGGCUUUGGUUGUGUUCAAGGGAAGAUGCUGGUGAAGGGGGAAAGUAUGUUGUGACUCACUUCGUCGUAGACCACAACCAUGAAUUGGCGGAACAACACUGUGUGAUGUAUCUGAGGUUACAUCACAGUUUAAACAGCGCUGACAAAGCUCAAGCAAUGGCUAUGCACAACGUCGGUGUGAAGACUAGCCAAAUCAUGGACUAUAUGGUAAAUCAAUCCGGGUCUUAUGAGAAUGUUGGUUUUAUCCGUACGGAUCUGCACAACCAUAUUCAAGCCGAACGUAGAGUAGAAGUUGAGGAUGGUGAUGAGCAGGAUUCGAAAUCGUGGGCCGACUACGCAAAGUUUGGUGAUGUGUUGAUAUUUGACUCAACUUACAGAACCAAUGCAUACAAGAAACCUUUUGUUAUGUUGGCUGGUGUGACUAGCCACUUUAGGACCACGAUAUUUGCAUGUGUUUUGCUAGCUAAUGAGACAAGUGAGACAUACACAUGGGUUUUGGAAACAUUUAUAGAGGCGAUGGGCAAUAAAGCACCUGUGUCCGUACUGACAGAUGGGGAUAAGGCGAUGCGAAAGGCAAUCAGAAAAGUAUUUCCAGAUGCAAGACAUCGAUUAUGUAAUUGGCAUCUUGGGAAAAAUGUUGUUUCAAAUGUUCACAUAAGUGGCUUUGCACAUGCUUUCAAGCAGUGCAUGGACAUGAAAAUGGAUGAGACAAACUUUGAGCAUGGCUGGACGACAAUGGUCGAAAAAUUUGGACAUCAAACCAACAGUUGGGUGUUGGAGACAUAUGAGAAGCGUCAUAUGCACUAUGAUCGGGCUCUUGCAAGGAUAAGGUAUAACGAGGCUGGAGAUGAUGCUGAAACAAAUAACACUUUUCCGGUAUUGAUUACUCCACUGCGAGAUAUAGGGAGACAUGGAGCUGAGCUAUUCACCCGAAAUAUAUUUAGAAUGUUCCAUGAUGAAAUCUUAGAAGAGGGGAAGUUGAAUGUCAAGGACGUGUUCCCUUUGCUGGAUGGUCAGAAAUGCUACUAUAUUCAUAAGUACAAAUUGAAGGAUAGAUCAUGGAUAAUAACACACAGUCCAGUGGAUGCUACAAUGAGAUGUUCUUGCAUGAAGUUUGAGUCGUUGGGGCUACCUUGCUGUCACAUGAUAUGUGUUAUGAAAGUCGAAAAUUUAAUGCAAAUUCCCCCAACUUGUGUGCUGCAUAGAUGGACAAGGGCUGCAAGCAAGGAUGGCCAGUAA